GCCCCGGAACGCCGAGAGUUAACGGGAAAGCCCCACGCCCCCUUUGACGGAGCAGAGCCCACCUCGCCGAAUUUGAAAAGGCGGCCCCGGAGAGGCGUGGGCGCCCCCCAGACUCUUUCAGCUCGGACCCGGGCUCGCCGGCUGGCUCGCUCGCUCUUCUCCGGGCGGGGGCAGCAGGUCUGGUCCCGCCGCCGCCGGGGCGCUCCCCUCCGUUCCCGCGCCGGGGGCUCCGGGUCCCCGUAGGCAGCCCGCAGGAUGCAGCUGGCCCUCCUCCUGCCCUGGGCGUGCUGCUGCCUCUGCGGGUCGGCGCUGGCCACCGGCUUCCUCUACCCCUUCCCGGCCGCAGCCCUGCAGCAGCACGGCUACCCCGAGCCGGGCGCCGGCUCCCCGGGCAGCGGCUACGGGGGCCGCCGGCACUGGUGCCAUCACACGGUGACACGGACGGUGUCCUGCCAGGUGCAGAACGGCUCGGAGACAGUGGUCCAGCGCGUGUACCAGAGCUGCAGGUGGCCCGGGCCCUGUGCCAACCUUGUGAGUUACAGGACCCUGAUCAGACCCACAUACAGAGUGUCCUACCGAACAGUGACCGCGCUGGAGUGGAAGUGCUGCCCUGGCUUCACCGGGAGCAACUGUGACGAAGAAUGCAUGAACUGCACCCGGCUCAGCGACAUGAGUGAGCGACUGAUCACGCUGGAGGCCAAGGUUCUCCUGCUGGAAGCAGCAGAGCGACCCUCAAGCCCAGACAACGACCUGCCCGUCCCCCAGAGCACCCCGCCGCCCUGGAACGAGGACUUCCUCCCUGACGCCAUCCCUCUCGCCCACCCAGGGCCCCGGAGAAGGCCCACGGGCCCGGCUGGGCCCCCGGGGCAGACAGGACCACCGGGGCCUGCAGGCCCCCCCGGCUCCAAAGGUGACCGGGGCCAGGCAGGAGAGAAAGGCCCGGCAGGGCCUCCUGGCCUCUUGGGGCCACCAGGGCCCCGUGGGCUGCCUGGAGAGAUGGGGCGCCCCGGCCCCCCCGGCCCCCCCGGCCCAGCAGGCAGCCCGGGCCUCCCUCCAAACGGCCCCCAAGGCGUCCUCUACUCCCUGCAGCCCCCGACGGACAAGGACAAUGGAGACUCGCAGCUGGCUUCUGCCGCCGUGGACACGGUGCUGGCCGGUGUCCCAGGGCCCCGGGGUCCCCCCGGCCCUCCAGGCCCCGGGCCUUUAGGUCCCCCAGGCCCUCCCGGUGCACCUGGAUCCCAGGGCCUGGCUGGAGAGCGGGGCUUGACGGGGCCAUCUGGCGAGCCUGGCCGGAGGGGGGAAGAGGAGGAGAAAGCUGCCGCAGAGGGGGAGGGCGUGCAGCAGCUGCGGGAGGCCUUGAAGAUCCUGGCGGAGAGAGUCCUCAUCCUGGAGCACAUGAUCGGGAUCCAUGAUCCUCUGGCCUCCCCUGAGGGGGGCUCCGGCCAGGACGCCGCCCUGAGAGCCAACCUCAAAAUGAAGCGUGGUGGCGCCCCCCCGGACGGCUCCCUCGCCGCCCUGCUCGGCCCCGGCCCCGGCCCCGGGCAGAAGAGCGCAGGCCAGGCCGGCAGCGGGAAGUAGGGCAGCCCUCCAGGACACGCCCGGCCCCACCAGAGACCCGGCCCUCACGCCUGUGCCGCCACUGGAUCCUGAAGGCACCCCCCCGUGGGGCUGGACCUCAGGCACGGACAAUCAGGAGGGACGUUGGCCCCCAGGGCUUGGGGGCCUUGGGGACAGCUGGGACCUCCAGGGGUAGGAUCCAGAGGGGCCCAGCACCCUUGGCAGAGCCCUGCUCUGGUUCCAGCCCUCCCCCACCUCCCACCCUCUGCA